UUUAUACUCAGAAAAUCCGAUGCCAGCAAAAAGAGAAAUUUGCCACUUGCCUUGCGACUGUAAAGUAUCUUCGUGGAAGCCUUUUGGUAAUUGCUCCAAGCCUUGUUACACCGUAGGAUCCAACAACACUGGAGUAAUGACGAGGACGCGUGAAAUCACUGAAUAUCCAAAAUUUGGUGGCGAGAGUUGUCCACAUAUGGUAGAACAGAAGGCGUGUGAUCGUUCACAGCUUGAGCUGUGUCCAUCGUUUACAUGGCGUGUCCUUGACUGGCAAACGUGUAGACUUCUUGAUGAACGCAGUAUUUGUGGCCCAGGUGUUAGUCAAAGACAGAUGUACUGCAUUAAUGCAAAUGACCCGGAAAUGAGACCAGUAAAUGAUUACUAUUGCACAGAUAGCAAACCGACCAACAGACUUGCUUGCGAAGUGAAUUGUCCAAUUGAUUGUGAACUUGGUCAAUGGGAGAACUGGUCACCGUGUUCAAAGAGCUGUGGCAGCGGUGGUUACCAUCUACGAAGACGCAAGGUGCUGCGAGCACCUGCUUAUGGAGGUGUGCAGUGUGAGGCUACUGAGGACUUUAAGGAAUGCCAAUUUGUUAACUGCUCAUGGUGGCAUACUGGUGCAUGGACAAGUUGCUUUCCCACAACUGGAAUAUUUAGUGACUGUGGCGCUGGAAUUCAAUCUCGCAAUGUCUACUGUAAAAGCGCCAUCAACGAAGUCCUUCCAAGCACCAACUGUAGUGGAAUGGUGAAACCAGGGCGGAGGCAGUCGUGUAGCAUCCCUUGUCCUGAUGAAUGUGCGAUCUCUGAAUGGUCUGAGUGGAGUCCUUGCACAGAAACUUGUGGUCCUGUUGGUGGAAGACAAAUGAGAACCAGAGAAAUUUUAUCUCCAUCAAAUUCGACUGCUGAACCGUGUCAUCCAGAGGAGGAGCUACAGCAAACACGAGUGUGUGCCCACUGGGACAAUUGUAAUAGCUACCAUUGGCAAGUUUAUCCAUGGGAAACAUGUGUAUCUAAUGUUCGGGGGACUUGUGGACACACGGAUGGAACACAGAUUCGUAAAGUGCUCUGUGAGAUGGAAUCUGCUCCCCAUGACGACUCAUUGUGCGAUGUAUCAUUGAAACCGAAUGUCUCCCGUCCAUGUAAUGUGAUCUGCCCGAUAGACUGUGAACUGAGUAUGUGGAGUGAAUGGUCUCAGUGCAGUGUGCUGUGUGGAAGCGGCACACGAUACAAGACCCGACGUAUAAACACACUUCCGCAUUUUGGUGGCGCUGCAUGCCCUGAUGGAUCUGAUGAGAAUGGUAUCAUCACCGCUGUGGAGAACUGUACAGAUAUUGAGCCCUGCUACAGCUACUCUUGGAACACCAGUGAUUGGCGGGAUUGCGAGCACAUCGGAAGCAGCUGCGGAAUAGGAUUACAAACCAGAGAUGUCACCUGCAUUAGAAACGAUGGCAGCAAGUUUGAUAUAGGCGUUUGCAUGCGAGAAUUGCGAGAUGUUCCGCCCACUGAUAGUCAGCAAUGUUUUGUUCCGUGUGCAGGGGAUUGUGGCCUGACUGAAUGGGGUAAUUUUGGACCGUGUCAAAGAAGCUUUUGCAGAGAAUAUGUAGAUGGAGAUUACUGUAGGAUUAGGAGCAGAGAAUUUAUUAAUGGAGAGGGGAUUGCGUACGAUUACACAAAUGAUCAAUUUAACCUUUGCCCUCAUAUCUCUGCUCGUGACUUCCGUGACGCUGAAGCCUGUGAAGGACCUAACUACACUUACAUGUGGCAAGAAGGAAUUUGGCGAACUUGUAUUCCGUCUGGUGACAAGGGAAACAAUUUAUGUGGGGAUGGACUCAAACAUCGCACAGUUCUAUGUCUGCGCAGCGAUGGCGUUCAUGUACCAGAGUUCCAUUGCGAUAAAGUCGCUAACGUUCCAGCCAGCUACAAAUCAUGUACAAUCAAGUGCCCACAAGAUUGCGAGGUUUCCAAUUGGGGCGAGUGGUCUGUUUGUUCACACAAUUGUGGGGAUGGAAUAAGAAAUCAUAGUCGAACAAUCACGAAACAAUCAAAACGAGGAGGGCGAUCAUGUCCACCAUUGACAGAAUCACUUGUGUGCACAGUGCGAUCAUGUGAUGAUUUCUCCUGGGAUGUUUCAGAGUGGAGCACAUGCAAGCCAGACAAUAGCAAUUGUGGGAUGGGAACGCAAAGAAGAUCAGUGACUUGUAGAGCAGGAGAAGAAUAUGAAACAGAAUGUGAAUUACGAGAGCCAAGACCAGACACUAGCAUAUCCUGCAGUGUACCAUGUACUGGUGAUUGCGUGCUGUCAGAGUGGUCUGCUUUCACUCCGUGCCCCAUGGUAUGCCUUCCGGAUUCUGUGAAGACCCGAACCAGAACACUUGUACGUCAGCCUUCACCGCAGGGACUGCCUUGUGGCUCACUGCAGGAAAGUCUGCUUUGCAGUGUGGAAGACUGCAUAAAAAAAACAUUGACAUUGGAAAUAGGAAAUUGGCAGACUUGUAAACCUCUAAGUGGGGAUUGUGGCAAGGGUACAAGACAAAGAACAAUAAGUUGUCAUGACAAUGCUGGUGUCUACUACGAUGUUAAACGAUGCGGUGAGUCUGAUGUGGCAUCAAUGGAGGAUUGCGAGGUUGAAUGUACACAGGAUUGUGUUUUAGGACGCUAUGGCAGUUGGUCUGAUUGCAACGAGCAGUGUGGAAUGGAUGGGCACAAGUUCAGAGAGCGUGUGAUUCUGAUGGAGAGUAGAGGACUGGGUAGAAAUUGUCCUAAGAACUCUCAUUCUCUUGUACAGACCAUGCCGUGCAAUGUUGUUCCAUGCUUUGAGUACAAGUUCAAGCGUGGGGAGUGGAGUAGCUGCAGUAUCAGCCUGGAAAUGAGUUGCGGUUCUGGACUGCGUACAAGAUCAAUUGAAUGUCGAAGAAGUGAUGGUCCACUUGGUAGUGAAAGAGAUUGUCUGAUUGAGUUGCUCUCGAACAAUGAUCCCUCAGCUAUAACAGACAUGGAGUUUGAGCUGUCCUCAGCCAAUAGGACCCAGCUUGAUAUCCAUACGUCUGAAAACUGCGGACGACCUUGUCCUGGUGACUGUCAGGUGACGAACUGGAGUUCAUUUGGCCCUUGUGUGAGAGAUUGCUUUGACGCCAGCUUAACUAUCCCACUGAAAGUCCGCACCAGAUCUAUCAUUAAGGAAGCUACAAGAGGGGGCCUCAAGUGCCCUGAGGUUUUGCAAGAGGAAAGAACCUGUCCAGUAAUGGAAGCAGUUUGUCCAGUAUACACUUGGCAUACACGUCCCUGGAAUAUAGAAACCAAAAAACGUGACGUCUGGUGUGAAGACCAAGAUGGAAGGAUUGUGACAGGGGGAUGUAUGGAGAAGUUCAAGCCAAUAUCUGCGAUGGAAUGCUCCGAUGCUUGUGAAGCACCAUUUACAGAAUGCGUUGAUGGACAGUGUAAUUGCCUAGAUGGUUUCCAAAUGUUUUUCAACUCCUGUUUGCCAUUGAAGGGGUGCCGUCUGGACUCGCAUUGCCCGCUAUUCAGCUAUUGCGAAAAUCAGAAGUGUGAAUGCAACAAGGGUUUUAUUCAAGAUACAAGUGGAUUAUGCAAAGCAGAUGGUAGUUAUAAUGGCAGCAGUGGUGUGUAUGAAGACGAAUCAAAUAUCUGGAUAUGGAUUGUCAUAGGUGUCUGUUUCCUUCUGAUUAUUGUAUUUGCUGUAUUUUGUAUUCUUAUAUUCCGCAAUCAUCGAAGAAAUGCUCUUAUGAAGAAAGCCAAAGAGGCUGAGAUUGCGGAGAAGGAGAAGAUGGAUGUCACAGCUUUGUAAAAAAGAGAACAUAAAAUUAUAUGGAAUUUUAUUGUAGCCAAUAGCGGCAUUUCUACAUAAAGCCCUAAAAUUCCUUGUAUGGUAUAGUAGGUGCAUCUAGACACACGAUCUGCCUCAAAACAAAAAGAUCAAUUUGAAAAGGUUCAUGUAUAAUGAAUUUAGACAAAGCAGAAAUAUUCCACACAUGACCCUCUUAUAUAGAAUGCAACAGUAAUAUAAAGAUGCAUGCCCAGCUAGGGAACAAUCAAAAUAUUCUAUUUGCAGUGGGGCAAUGCAGUACUGUAGAACAAUGCUCAUUUUAACUGGUUACUUUCAAAUUUACAUUAAGCCAUUUUCUGGCUGCUGGAUGUUCUUGGAAAUUUUCCCUCAGCUCUGAAAAUUCAUCUUGUUCCAAUGCAGAUUCUUGUUUUUAUUGAAUCAAGUGAUACAAAUGUAGCAGUCAGUUGAAAAAGAUCACCAACUGCGAUCCAAACGCCCAGAUACGGGCUCCUUGAACUGAUUUCUCCAAACUUCAGAUUACCAAUUUCAGUUUGGUGUUGUUGUCUACAUUUAUUUUUGAGUAUGCUGCACUUGUGCAGAUGUACUCUAUGCUGUCUUGGUAGUGGAAUUUUUCUGUAAAAUGGAAUGUGUUAAGAUACAUCAUUUUAUUUAACAGGCAUGCCAAGUACAGUGUGAAUGUAGUUUUAUCAAGUUAGUAAAUCGGUACUACAUUUUGACAGAUGACCAAUGACUGACAGCACCUUGCCCAAGAAUGGACUAUGUUUAGAGAGUUUUACCCUAGUUUGUGCAAGUAUACUCUUGCUGCUAUCAGAAGCCUAUUUAUUUAAAUAGUGUUGAACUUUCAAUUGAGCAUUAAGUGUUGAUAUGCAUGCUGCGUUCCAGUCCUACUAAAGUGAUUAUUGUUGUUUUUUCUGCUGAUGAUAACCUACAAAUACAUAAAAUAGAAUAUAAGUAUAAUAGUUAAAACUAACACAAUAUGAUAUUGGAACUUAAACUUUUUAAUUUAAAUUCUGAAUUACUGAUAUUGUCUUUAUAAAUGUUGUAGGUAUUCCAGGUAAUGUUCUUUCACUUGGGAAUACUUUUUCCAA